GCUGAGAUUCUGACAAUUCCCUAUUACUUCUGAACGAGGGUGGCGAGAACUCUCCAGCCAUUUUACCAAAGCCUCCCCCCCACCGUAGUUAGUGGUAGUCCACUACUACUCCGGCUGUGUUUUGACCGCUACUACAAUCUUCAGACAUUCUUCCUGAAACUUUUCCGUUAAUUUCCCAGUGUUUCACCAGGCUUUGGUCUUCCGGACCCUUUGUCUUCACCUGUUUCCCCUUUUCGAGUCACUCUGCUUUCAAUACCCGUUCUUGGUCCAAGAUGUCUGCGACGCCUCGCAAAACUGGCUCUCCAGCCAAUGCCAACAAGACCUCCGCCACAGAAUCCACAGCAAAUGGCACGCCGUCGCGAGGUCAUAAUAGGUCACCGACUGCUACAUCAACAAAUGGCUUAUCCCGAAGUCCGUCCCUCAGGGGAUCAGCUCCGGUGUCCGCACGAGCGGCAGCUCGGAAACCUGGCCGGUCCAAUCUGAGCAUGUCAAGCGUUCCUAAAAUCACCGCGGACCCGUCCGAAGAAGAAGCGCGGGCUCAGAAUGCGGCGCUUAUUGAAGAUCUAAAGGAGCAGUUGCAGAAGGCUGAGACGGCUUCCGAGCAGUAUCGCAAACAACUUGGCGUUCUGCAAAUGCGCCUCGACGAAGCCGUGACAGAGCAAGCCAAGCUGGAGGACCAAGGGCAUGAGAAGGAUAGCAAAAUCGAAGCACUCAACGGCGAGAUCCGUGAGCAUGUCCGGCAGAUCCGCGAUUUGGAGCAAGCUCAUGAACUAGAACGGAAUGCCAUGCUGCAGGAGAAGGAGCAGCAAGCCAGCCGGGAAGAAGAGAUGCAGGCCACCAUCCAGCGCCUGAAGGAGGCCGUCGCUCAGAAGGAUAUGCGCAUCAGUGCUGACAGUGACAAGAACGUUUCCCGCUCUUCCAGUUUCCGCAAUCGAGCCUCUCCAGAUAUCGAUGGGCAAUUUGCGCCUUCGUCUCAAAUCGAACGGAGCCCGUCGCGAAACAACUCCAAAUUGCUCCUGCAGAAGGAUAAACUGAUUGAGUCGUUGCGACUCGAGCUAGCCGAAUCCCAGAUCAAGCUUGUGGAGAUGGAAAACAAAGGUGGCGGCCGUCAGAGAGAGCUGGAAAAAGAACUCCUUGAAGCUCGAAUGGCGAAUGCUCGUCUGAUGGAGGAUAACGAGAGCUAUCAGCUGCUCCUUAGCGAAAGAACUCUUAAUGGCGACUUCGCCAAGGGUGACUUUAUGCGGGAAGCACAUCCUGAGUCCUCAGACGCGAAGGAAAGCGCCGGUGGUUUGGGCUCCUUGGCCGAUGAGUUGGAGUCUGCGGAUGCUCGACCAGAACCAGACGACAGCCGCAGGCUUGAGUCAGAGCUUAAGGCGCUCAAGGAUCAAAAUAAAGCCCUGACGUUGUAUAUCGAGCGCAUUAUCAGUCGCCUCUUGCAGCAUGAAGGGUUUGAGCAUAUCCUAGACAAGAACGACAACGAGCCACCAACUGGAAAACAAGCCGGCAGUGAUAAAGACCUUCCGCCAACGCCUCCGGAGAAGGAGGAUCCUAACCAGCAGACAUUCUUGCAGCGAGCCAAAUCAGUUGUCUCUGGCCAGAACAACAAACCUCAACCACGUUCGCGUCCGACCAGCAUGAUGCCGCCUCCUCCCGCCCCUGGUUCUGUUAGCGCCCACGAGAACCCGCAAACAGCACCUAGCAUUCCCAUCAACCGUGCUCAGUCAGUUCGUGGCCAUCGUAGGACCAGGUCUGAGCAAACGACGGACUUGGGUGCUGCAGUUGUUGUCGGCCAAAUGUACCGCGGGCGCAACUCCGGCGGCCCUAUCAGCCCCACUAUCAUGGGACCUGGUUCACGAAACACCUUCACUGGGGCAAACUAUGUGCCAGGAGGCAUGUCUGUCAGCAGUCGUGCCCCCUCGUUGUCUAGUCAGCCAGAGCGCGGCCAUUUAAGCAGUUCGGGAAGUGUGUCAAGUGACCCUCCCAAUGACACAGCGUCGACUGGUGCGACCUCUAAUUCUCCUCGUUCAAGCAACGGUAUGACGAACUAUACGGGUGCAGUUAUGACCCAGAGCAAGCUACGACCGCUACGACUGGUCAGCGAGACAAAGGCUGCUGAAGAAGAGGAAGCUGCUCGCAAGAAGGCUAACAGAGGUAGCUGGAUCUCAUGGUUCAACCGACCGGGCUCGAGCGAAUCCAGCCAGCACUGA